AUGCAGUGUUCCUGGAAAUCCAUGGUGCUGCUAGCUUUAGCCUCCAUUGCCAUCCAGUAUACGGCCAUCCGCACUUUUUCCACCAAGCCCUUUAGCCUGCUGUGCUCUGUGGGCCUGGCACCCACGGGUCACGCUGUCAACUGCAGUCUCAAAGAUCUGACACGUUUGGGACAGGAGACACCCGAGGGCUCAGACCGAGGAUGUGAUGAGGUCUCCUCCCACACCCCGUCCUCCUACUCCUUCUCCCUCCCAUCCUACAAUGCCAGCAAGAGGACACACAUCCUCAUUCUGGCCACCACCCGGAGUGGAUCUUCCUUUGUGGGCCAGCUGUUCAACCAGCAUCCAGAGGUCUUCUACCUGUUUGAGCCUCUGUACCACGUCCAGUUGGCGUUGCUUCCCCGGCUUGCACAGAGUCGGAACCUGGCUGAGAGGAGGGUGAUGCUCGGAGCAGCCAGAGACCUGCUGAGGUCCCUGUAUCACUGUCACCUCAGCAGUCUGGAGAGCUACAUACGACCCCGUCCGGUCAACCACUCCACUGACAAGCUGUUCAGACGAGGAGCUAGUCGGUCCCUGUGCUCCUUUCCUGUAUGUCAGGCUCCUCUGAGCUCGGAGGAGCAGAACCUGGUGCUGGCUGAUGAAGGGGAGUGUGUGAGGAGAUGUGGGCCACUCAAUGUGUCACUGGCUACUGAUGCCUGCAGAGCAAAGCGCCAUGCAGCCAUCAAGACAGUCCGGAUUCCCCAAAUCAGUGACCUUAGAGCGCUGAUUGAAGACCCACGACUCAACCUAAAGGUGGUCCAGCUUGUUCGAGAUCCACGCGGUAUCCUGGCAUCUCGUAUUGAGACAUUUCGAGACACUUACCGGCUGUGGCGUCUGUGGAGAGCGACUGGGCAUCGACCCCACAACCUGGACCUGGGACAGAUUAACACAGUAUGUGAGGACUUUCUCAGGUCUGUGUCUGUCGGCCUGGCCAGACCCGCCUGGCUUAGAGGGCGGUACAAGCUGCUCAGGUAUGAGGACUUAGCCAGGUUUCCUCUCCAGAAGACCAGAGAGCUGUACAGUUUCCUAGGUCUGGUUCUGGACCACAGUGUGGAAGACUGGAUCAUCAACAACACCCGCGGCAGCAGUGAUCUAUCAUCCCGGCAGAAGUUUACCACAGUUCGGGACUCUGCUGCUAAUGCAGAGAACUGGAGGGUGAAGCUGUCCUUCGACAUGGUGGUUUACACUCAAACUGUCUGCCAACCAGUUCUGGAGCUCCUGGGAUACAAAACAGUGUUCCAUCCAAGAGAACUGAGGAACCUCUCACACUCUUUGGUUGAGGACAGGACGUUCCUCCCAUUUUUCUAA